CUUUUCCUUAAACCCUAACCAACACUCACACAUAAUUGUAUCUCUCCAUUACAUUCAAACUCUGCAAUCAAUCAAAAUCCCUAAUAAUAAAUGGCUGCCAACACCAACAAUAAUAAUAAUAAUAUGUCGGUCGAGGUAAACAGGGAACAGAUUUUUGGAAUGGCAGAAAAGGAGAUGGAGUAUAGGGUUGAAUUGUUUAACAAGCUAACUCAGACAUGUUUUGCCAAGUGUGUUGAGAGAAGGUACAAAGAGCCCGAGUUAAACUUGGGUGAAACUAGCUGCAUUGAUCGCUGCGUUUCCAAGUAUUGGCAGAUAACAAAUCUCGUGGGUCAGAUGCUUGGUUCUGGCAAACCACCAAUGUAAUCUUUGAUUGUCAUCAGUUUUUUGCGAGGAUUCUGAGUUGCAAUGAAUACUUGUUCCUGGCUCUGGGAUGCUCACGGUAACAUUUAUAUGAGUUCUGCACAUUUUCUAGUCUCUAGUUAUAAAGUACAUGAGUUACUAUAUGGUGAUUGCCGAAAACAUACCUUUGGUACCUCAUAUGAUACAUUGAAAGGAUUUCAUUUUGAUGUGAACUAUGAAUUUCAUCAUUUUUGUUAUAAUAUUGACCUAUGCUAAGUAACAAUGUUGGCUUAUAAAACUUUAUAAAUGUGUUAAAGUGAGUUCUGACUUGGUUUA